GCGGCGGGCGCACACGGAGCCUUACGGCGGCGGGGGGCCGCGGGUUCGAGGCCGGCCCGGGCGGGAUGGAGCCGGGCGCGGCGCUGCCCGCCGAGCUGCGCGAGCUGGAGGGCAAGGCGGGGCGCGGGACGCCCGCGGGGCUGGCGCGGUGGCUGCGCGGGGACCCGCUGCUGCCGCUGCCCCCGGGGCCGGGGCCGGGGCCGGGGCCGGCCGGGGCGGGGGAGGGCGCGGGGCUGUCCGGCAAGAUCGCGGCGCUGCGGCUCGAGCUGUGCGUCACUAAAGGGUCGUUGCCACCAGACGUGUGGGAAGCUGGCAGCUCGGCCAGGGAUGGGACACAUGCUUGGAGGAAAGGGGCAUCGGCCUAUCUGCGAGCCAUCGACGUGAAGAUCCUGCAGCAGCUGGCGGCCGUGAACGAGGGCAUCGAGGCCGUGAAGUGGCUCCUGGAGGAGAAGGGGGCCCUGACGAGCCGCUGCAGCAGCCUGACCAGCAGCCAGUACAGCCUGGGGGGCAGCCAGGAGACCUCGCGCCGCGGCAGCUGGGCCAGCCUGCAGGACCCCAACGACCGGCUGGACAGCGUCUCCAUCGGCAGCUACCUGGACACGCUGGCCGACGAGCUGGACGAGUACUCCCAGCACGCCGCGGACCCCCGGCCGGGCGCCCCCCUGGCCCGCUUCGAACAGGACUGGGCCAUCGUCGACCCCGAGCGGGGCCUGGCGGGGAAGGUGGGCUCCCCCGGGGCCCGGCCGGAGCAGGCGCGGCUCGGCAUGGAGCCUGGCUCGGCGUGGGCCGCGAGCCCCCCGGACCGCGGCAGAGCGGCGGGUAACGGCUCGCUGGGGAAGCAGGCGGUGCCGCUGGAAGCGGGCAGGGAAGCGGUGGCGGCGGGGGACGCCGGCAGCCGCAGGGGCAAGACCGAGGCGGAGAACUGCAAGCCCAACAGCAAGGUGCACCUGGAGUACGAUGCCCACUGGCGCUGGGUGCAGUCCCAGGAUGACGUCACCUUCUUGUAGUGCCGGCCGGCUCUGGCCUCGGGGGGCAAGUCCCCGGCUCCGGCGGACCCCGCCAAGGCACCGGCUUUGGCUCCAUGCGGAUGUGGGAGCGGAGGGGCUGCGGGGGUGAGGGCAGAGGGGACCGCAGCGCGGCCGCGUCGCACUUCUGGGAGCGGAGGCGUUUCGGGCGGGAUUGGCCCUUGCAACCCUGUUUCGUGGCUCUGUGCAAUGCUGUGCAACCCCACUGCUGGUUCUUCCCCCAACGUGGAUGGUAGCUUUGUGGUGCCUCAGUUUCCCCGUCUGCAGCCUGAGGCUGAAUUUCCCUGUCUCCCAAGCGAGAGGGAGCCCAUUCCCCCUUUCCUGCGGUGAUUUAAGUGCCAAUCGUGUGCUCGGUGCUCGGCGGACGCGGCACUUUGUAUUCCCCCUGCGCUCCCUUAGCACAACCCUUGCACGGGCAUGGUUAUGAUGUCAUGGGCCCUGCAGCGUGACCUCAUAAGUCCGAGAGAGGGAGUUCGCUGUGCUAGUCUGACGUCAGGCCUCUCUCCUGCCCCCCAACCCUGCCCCUCCUUGCACUUUAAGCCCGUGCUGGCUCUCGCGGCCUGGGCUGCUGCAACCUGCUUGGCAGUGACGGCUCUGGAAAGAGUCUCCGGAUGCUGAGUCCUUCCUCGGGCACCCCCAGGGCCAGGCAAGCUCUGCUGUCGCAGAGAUGAGGGAGUGGGAGAGAGACCCCCACAGCACCCUGGGGUCUCCCCCAGAGCCAGGCUGACUGCUACACCAGCCCAGAUGCCACCGAAAUUCACAGAGCCACGGGGCCUGGUUGCAACGAGGAUGGAGCUGGAGACAGCAGCUGGCGGGUCUGUUAAUCCUCCUGAGGAUGCCUGACCCCGAAUAUGCCUGCCUUGUGCUGCUGCCCCCCUCCCCAUAGGGUCUGCGCUGUCAUCUGUUUGUGCGUCCCCCCUGUUCUGCAAACAUCUCCCCCAGCCCUAGCAUGAUCUCUGUGCUGCCCCUGGCGCGGGGGCAUCUGUCAGGCAGCCUUUCCCCUGUCCUGCUGGCUGGGCAAGCCAUCCCCUCACGCCCCUGCAGAUCAGGAGCACGUCCUUGGAUGCCAGUGCGAAUGCAAGCGUGACUGUCCCCCAUGCUUCCCAAGCAGGACGUGGCCUUUCCCUGUUUAGGAACCACUGCUGGGAGGGAUGGAGGGAUGCGUCUGAGACCUGCCAGAUGCUCUUGGCAUUCAUCCCGCUACCUUAUGGGAUGCUCUUCUGCUUAAAACUUGUCCCGGUGCAGCUAAGAAGCAGCUUGGCUUCUCCUCCGGCUCUUCGGGGCUCGGCUGUGUGCUGGUGGUGCAUUGCCUAUGGCCAGAAGCAAACUGGACCGGGGGCCUGCGAAAGGCGGACAGACCUCUCCACUGUAGCUGUGCAAGCCCAGGCUCUUGGAGGAAGAGCGACGACGCUGCUGUCUGUCCUCCCCUGACUCGCGACCCCUUGCAAGCAGCACGGCUCAUUUCUCCUGCACCCAGCCCAGCACCUCAAAGCUGCUGCCCGCUGUCGAGGCCGAACAAGGCUGCUGUGUUAUUAUGGAUGUUGUGGCACCUUCCUGGGAUGUGCUGGUGUGUUGGCAGCGGGGCGCGGAUGAGGCUGUGGGGUCGUGGUGCUGGUAACAAGCUACUGUCCAUGGGAUCCUCUUGGGGAAUAAACCCUUGUGUUCCUAA